AUGCACAUCUGGGAUAACAUAUGAGUGAGUAAAUGAUGAGAGAAUUUUUAUUUUUGGGUGAACUAACCCUUUUAGUCUCCUGGGCUCAGGAAAAGCAACCUCUGAGCAAUACAGAUUUUCUCUGGGAAUGCAAUGCAUUGCAUCACUGAAGUUCUGUAAAUUCCUGAAUUUCACAUCUACCUCUUCUUCUUUUUAUUUCAGAUGACCAACAAAGCUUCCAACUUGAAAAAAAAAAUACUUAAAGGAAUAUUGUGCAGUUGCGGUGUAUGUACAAGUGCUGACGCUGAGAGGUUACCGCUUUGAUGAGCGUUCCUUCUGUAACGUUGCUUUCCAGAAAAAGAGUCUCAGAGAGACAGCGAUCUCCUUAAAAACUUGCUGACAGAAAGUUAUUGUCACGUUUGUGAGGCAACACUGCUUUAUGAGUCCCAGAGAGUUUCUCAUUAUGAGGGGAAAAAGCACGCCCAAAAGGUCAGGCUGUACCUGCAGAACAAGAAAGCUGAAAGCAACAAACAGACCCGGGAAUGCGGAGGCUUUAUGAGAGGUCUCUCUGCAGACCCAGACAAGUUCUGUGAGCUGUGUAACAUGGUGUUCAGCUCCCAUACUGUUGCCAAGUCACACUAUGAGGGCAAAGUUCAUGCCAAAAACUUGAAAAGAACUAACCCUCCGCAAAUUAUAGUUUCUACGCCGACCUUAGAAUCUGCAACUCCUGUAACCCAACCAGCAGAGGUUGCUGUGUCGAAUCGGAUAGAUCAGGAGCAGGACAGCCCUGGUGUGGGUGAUCAGGAGGUUGACCUCAGUGACCCCAACAAGUACUGUGCAAUGUGCAAUGCUUCUUUCAACAACCCUGUAGUCGCUCAGCAGCACUACAGCGGCCGGAAGCAUCAGCGAAACCAGACCCGACAACAAAUGCUGGACCAGAUCGGAGAUCAGUCAGAGCAUGUUAGCUCCCUGACUUGCCCGAUUUGCUGUCUGACCCUCAGCUCAAUAGAGAUGUACCAGGCACACAUGCAGGGAAACAAGCACCAAUUGAAAGAGAAAAAGGUUAUGGAGCUGUGCAAAUCUCAGAAGAAAGUGUACGACUCCUACCAGGACGAGCUGGCUGACUAUAUCCAGGUGCAGAAGGCCCGAGGCCUGGAGCCCAAAGCAGGGCUGGGCACUGUGGGACAAGCAAGCAAGGACCUGGAUGAAACUAUAAAUGAAAGUCCACAGACAGGAGAAACGAUUCCUCAGCUGCCUCCACCUCGUGGUUUCCAUCAGCCUCACUGGCCUCCACAAUUACAAUCUCAGGUCAAUAAUUUUGGCUUCGGGAUGAGAGGGCCUGUCCCACACUAUCAGCCUGGAUAUAUGCCCCAACCACUGCCUCAUUUCAUGCCUGGUCAAUUAUAUAAAAGAGGGCGGAGCCCUGACUCACAUAGCUCCUCAUCUUACUCAGACUCCUCCUCCUAUGCUAGCAGCAGCAGUAGUGAUAGCAGCAGCAGCAGAGAGAGGAGAAGAAGAAAGAGGAAAAUGAGAAAGCAAGGGAUCAAAAGGAGAGACCAGGAGGACGAGUUUGAUACGGACAGGAGAGGAAGAGACAGAGAGGAAAAGAAAAAGAGGUUGAAAGGAGACAGAAGAGGAAGUGUAGAGGGAGAAGAGGACAGAGAGACCAGGAGAUGGAAGGAGAAAAGAAAAAAGGAGAGAAGCCAGAGUGAAGACGAGGAGAGCCAAAUUAAAAGACGACAGAGCAAGAGAAGUAGGAGACAUGGGGACGGACAGCAUGCAAAGAGACGAAAAGAGGCAGAGCUUAUGGAAAAAGAAGGGACGGAAGUGCAAGGAAAGAGUGAGGAACCUGUUGAGGAAAAGACAGAAGCAAAAGAUGUCAAACAAAAGCACAAAAAAGACAAAAAGAAAGGAAAAGAGAAGGUGAACCAAGAGGACAACAGGACAGAGGAGGAAAGACUCUGGGAUGAGACAAUUCUUGGUAUUUUUUAAAGGCAGAUGGCUGAUGCUUUGACAGUAUUAUACAAAUAAAACUGCACAGGACCUCAGAAGAGAGGUUUGCUGAAAUCAAUUGGACUCAUCUCACUCUAUAUGCUACCUUUCAUUCAGUAACACGCGUCUGCUACUGCAGACAUUAAGAUGUCUUUAGAGCUGCACUUCUCUUCUGGAGAAUUUAGUGGGUGAACCUCACGAAACUUUAGGACCAUUAAGACAUUAUUUUCAUGACAAUUAAGCACAUUUUCUACUCAAUUCUCAUUACUGUAAUGGAAAAAAUAGAGGAAAAUAUCAUUUAAAUUUCUGUAAUGCAGAUUAUUUUAUUUUUUAUUUUUUUUUAAUUCUAAAUUAUUGUGGUAGUAUUUGACGUGCUGUUUCAAAUAAAAUAACUGUCAAAUAAAAAAGUCACCAAAAUCUAUUUGGUCCUCAAAAAGGCUUAAUUGUCUUAUCAUUUCUUAUUUUUUGUCUUGAUUUUUGGGUACAAUGUGACCUGAGAAUGUUUUCGUGAGAUUCACCCGAAUGGGGGUGCAACAGCUUGUCACUGGGGCAGGGUAAACCCACUGUAUCCUUUGUGUCAGUUGGAAUGUAUUUGUAUCUUAUCUGUCCCUUAAGGGUAUACAUUUGUACCUUAAGGUAUAAAGGUAUAGUGUUUGUAACUUUGAGGGUAUUGCUCCAGUGAAAGGCUGGUAUACCCAUAAAGGUAAAAUUUUAGCAAAUUUUUCUGAUUGUUGUUGUGAAGCAAAUAUGUGAUACAAAACACACUACAUACCAUAAAUCCAUUUGCCUACAUGCUUUAUGCCUAGAUUAAAUAAACCCCUCCCACUAUUCGGUUGUUUUCAUGAUUUUGUGGAGCAUUUCCACUUUCUGUCGUAAGGGGACGUAUUAGCUUCACUGAUUAGCUGCACAUCCGCCGUCUUUACUGGCUGGAUACAUAUUUGGUUUACAGGUCGACUCUGUUCAGGUCUCAAGACAGGGUUCCCACAUGUCCUGGAAAACCUGGAAUUUUGCUAUGCAGUUUUCCAGUCAUGGAAAAUGAGAAAAAUACCUAAAUGACCUGGAAAAUAAUUAUUUGUCCUGGAAAAUAUUUUAGUAUAAUAUAGAACUGUUUGAUUGUGUUGCUAACAAAGGUUUUGUACAUGUACAGAAACAUGGUAACAAUGGGGACUCGGAACAGGAGUCAAAUUCAAAAAUUUCUCUGCCGCCGGCUGCGAAUUUUGUAACAAACAUCAACGAUUAACUGUCAUGAACGAUUCCCUUUCACAUACUUUCUCUGCUCAUCUGCUGUGAUCUCUGCUUUGCUCCGACAAAAUAGUUUAAGUAUUAAUACAGUACAAAAUAAGAUUUUUGUUUUUUUGCUGUUAUAUUAACCACAAAAACAUUUGAGUUAUAAACUUUAGACGGCAAUGGCAGUCGGACCACUGAUUUAAAAAAAUAAAUAAAAUUCACACCCUGAGUUGGUGAUGAGGGCUUCACAGCUGGGGAUGAGAAUUAAUUUUCAAGAAUUCAAUGAUCGGAGUCUGCAUAUACCGCGUUUACCACAUAUGGAAUCUAGUCAAAAAUGGCAUUGGCUAUAAAAUGCAGAAUGUCAUGAAAUAUUACAUAUUUGGACAUUUCAUUGCACAGUUAAUCAAAUUAAAAUUGUGAUAUGUCCUAGUGUGAUAAUUAAACUGCAAUAUUUGUAAUGUAUUGAAUAAAUAUAUAAUCUGCAAGUGAUGCAUGCUUCAAAAUGGAUGUAUGAAGCGCUCAUACACUGAAAACACCUCAUCAUGAUCAUCUUGCAUGCUCUUGCGUGUGUGAGAUGACGGAGAGCAGAACACUCUGAAGUGUGCAGCACAUACAGACUAUGUAUUUAUUUUAUUUAAUCACAGCUUUAUGGGAAUUAAUCACACUGGGCCAUGUAGUGAACUGCUUAUCUGGAGAUGAGAAACUACCAUCAAAAACACACUGAAACAUCAAAAUAAAAGCUCGGUUUAAAUGGACACAUGUAUUUUUGCUUAUAUAUUACAUUUGUUGGGCACAUAAAAUGUCCUGGAAAUAUCCUGGAAAAUUGAGCCUCGAAAAGAGUGGGAACCCUGCAAGAGAGAAUGUAAUUAAUAAACUUUAACUUUCACAGUGGAAAUCUGAUCUGCACACAGUAAACAGUUUUCCAUCAGAAAACUCAGACUGCAAUACUUUGUUAUAGGUGUGUGUGAGAGAGAGGGAAACAGUAAUCUGAUAUCAGUCUCAUUUGAUGCUGUUUACUGAGUGUGGGAAUGUUUUUGUUUACUGGUCUAGCAGGUGCUUCAGUUAAAUGAGGACACUGCUGUGAUUGCUGUUCUGUUGACUUCCGUUUUGCUCAGAUAUAUACUUGCAGUUAGCACAAUCAUGAAAUCACAUAUAUUUUGUAUCAAACCUGAUUUCUAAAGUAUGGAUUAAACAAUCUUCACUUGUAUUCAUGAUUUUGAUUCAAAGAAUUUCUCAGGGAGCAUAUUGAUCAUGGGAACAUCUGUUUUUGUUUUAUUAUCUUAUCAAAUAUUGUGAAAGUGUAUGUGUGUGUGUAUUUCUGUUUCAGAGGAAAUGCUACUUGCUGUGUGAGCUUGUUGUCAUGUCAUUUAAAGGAAGAGUUAACACAAAAAUUAAAAUUCUAU